CCAUCCCACGUCUUUCUCGCGGCGCAUACGAUACCUUCAUCUCUCUCAGACCAAAUCCCUAAUCUCCAUCCUUCGCGUCUUCAUCUCUCUUCAGUCCCGUAGCCACAGCCACCCACCCCAGUCGCCAGUCCCACAGCCACCCACCGGCCACCCACCCUGCCACCCACUCGCCCAAGCCAGUCUCUUCUCUCCAUCCUUUGUCGCUUCAGUCCCGCAGCCACGGCCACCCACCCACCCAAUCGCCAGUCCCACAGCCACCCACCGGCCACCUGCCCUGCCACCCACUCGCCAAAGCCAGAGUCUCUUCUCUCCAUCCUUCGCGUGUCUCUCUCACGGCCAUCGCUCGCGUCUCUCUCUCGUAGCCGUCGCUCGCGAGACUCUUUUCACUGCGCCUAAAUGGAGAAGAAGCGAGCUAGACACCAAAACCCUAAACCCUUUAUCCCAGAAGACAAUGACUCCGUCGCCUCUGCUAAGAAACGAUCGAAAGCAGCAAAACAUCACCAAAAGCAAGAAACGAUGAUAUCUUCGGGGAUGAGCUCGAAAAUUUUGAAAGAGGCGCUGAUACAGCAAAAAGAGAUUCAAGAGGAGGCUGAGCAGGCUAAUCCUACUAGCAAUGCCUUUGUUGUGGCAGAGGAAGAAGCUGCUAGGCAUCAACAAGAAGAUGAGGAUGAUGAUUUUGAUGAUUUUAGUGGAUUCUCUGAGACUCAAACCCAUUUUGGUGAUGAGGAGAUUGAUGAGGAUGAGGAGAAAUUACUGGAGGCUUUCUUAUCAAAGGAAGCUGGUCCACAGCGUACACUUGCAGACCUCAUAAUUGAAAAAAUUAAGCAGGAGAAUGCAAAUUUUUCUUCAGAUACACAACCCAUGCCAAAAUUGGAUCCAUCUAUAUUAGAUUUAUACAAGGGGCUUGGUGAGUUUCUGAGUAGAUAUACAGCUGGAAAAAUGCCUAAAGCAUUUAAGCAUAUCCCUUCAAUGCAACUAUGGGAGGAUGUCUUGUACCUGACUAAACCUGAGAGUUGGUCGCCAAAUGCAAUGUAUCAAGCGACAAGAAUCUUUGCUUCCAAUUUGGGUGUGAAGAAAGCAGAGCUUUUCUAUAGGCUUGUAUUGCUUCCUCGAAUCAGAGAUGAUAUUAAACAGAACAAGAGGCUGCAUUUUGCUCUAUAUCAAGCUCUGAAAAAAUCUCUUUACAAGCCUGCUGCAUUCAACAAGGGAAUAUUGUUUCCACUAUGUAAGUCAGGGACUUGUAAUCUUAGGGAGGCCGUCAUUGUUGGAAGUAUUAUUCAAAAGGUUUCCAUUCCCAUGCUUCAUUCAAGUGCUGCAUUAUUGAAGCUUGCAGAGAUGGAGUAUUGUGGCACAACAAGUUACUUUAUCAAGCUUCUUUUGGAAAAGAAAUAUGCCUUGCCAUAUCGUGUACUUGAUGCUGUUGUUGCUCAUUUUAUGAGAUUUCUUGAUGAGACAAGAAUAAUGCCUGUAAUAUGGCACCAGUCGCUUCUUGCUUUUGUGCAAAGGUACAAGAAUGAAUUGACGAAAGAAGAUAAGCAGAAUCUUAGAACACUAGUCGGAAAGCAAAAACAUAAAUUAGUAACUCCUGAAAUUAUUCGAGAGCUAGACAGUAGCCGUAAUCGUGGUGAAAAGGAGGAUCCAAUGUCAAUGACAUCUCCUAUUUCUGUGAUAAAUAAAGUGAUCGAGGAAGACAGGUUUGAUAUUCCACAAGUGCCCAUGGAGGAGGAUUGAAUGUUUUGCCCUUGAUUCAGAGAGGGAGCUUUGAAUACCUGUUAGUGGGGUUACCAAAAUUUUGACAGAAAGCAGAUUGAGUACGUGUUUGUGGGUUGGCAAAAUUUUGAGAGCAAGCAGAUCCAAUUUUGAUGUGUGUGAAAUGAAAUAGAUAGUCUUUUGAAAUGAAUGAUUUGGAGGUAACUGCUUGGUUUGUGUUGAUAAUAUAUAUGUUUUAUUUGAUUAGGUAGGUUCGUUGAACAGAGAAGUUUCAUUUUUAACUUCCUUGUAAGAGAGUAUGCAUUUGAUUUACGUAUUACAAAGGUAUAAUUUCAAAACUACACUCUACACCAUCAUUUAUAUAUUUCAUGUCUUUUUUCAGUUGA